AUGGCCAUCAGAGCUGUGCGUGCGUAUCGAUCGGAAUCUUUUCAGGCGGACAUAGCUCUUGCUGGAAUGAUUCACCUCGACCUUCAGGCUGCGGCAGACGCCAAAGUCUACCGCCGAUUAUGGAGACUGAUACAAGGCGACAAUCCGCCGCUGAAAGAAGAAAUCGGCAAUCUGCGGAAGACAGACCGGGACUCUGCGGAAAUGGAAAGCAAAGCUGGAGGAAUCGGAAGCUGGAAGCAAACGAAUCGCGUAACACAGGUGCUCACCGAUCAUAAAGACUUGGGCCUAGAUUUAAGUUUCAGCGGGCAUCGCGCCCGAAGGAAAAAAAAAGGACCAGCCAUAGAAGAGGGCUGUAACAAAUGGCUCAUCACCCUCUGGAUGGGAAGUCCAUCUAAAUCAUGGGAAGACACUUGUUACUAUUUUAUCGCUAUGCUCGAUUUUAGAAUUUAUAGCAUACAAAUUGCAUUAGAGUUUGCUAUAGAGUUGCAAAUUGUAAAAUAUCUCGAUUAUUCUUUACAAUAUCCUUUAGAACUGAAUGAAAAAUUUGUUAAAUUUAUCUUUACCACGAAUAACUGA